AUGGAAGGAGUCGGGGCGCGGCUGGGGAGAUCUUCCACUCGGUACGGGCCGGCCACCGUCUUCAGCGGGCCGGUCAGGAAGUGGAAGAAGAGAUGGGUCCACGUCCCCCCGUCAUCCUCAUCCUCCAACCACAACAGCACUCACUCUCACCACCACAACGCUACUAGUAAUGGUAUUUCUUCUUCUGCUGCUUCCGCCGCUGCCGCUGCCGUUGCUAAUAAUUCGAGCUCUUCUAACGGUAAUAACGGCUCGCAUCUCUUGCUUUACAAGUGGACCCCUUUGUCUCAAUCCAACGGUUCUUCUGCUACUACUAACAACAACGGUAACUAUAAUGCUAACAAUAAUACUGCUAGUCUCUCCAAUGGCGAAACCCCCGAGGAGCCUCCCAGGCGUAAAUUCAAAUACAUUCCGCUUGUUAGUGAGGCUUUGGAAAUAGGAAUGCCCCUUGAAGUAAUCAACAAAAGGCCUUAUUGGGAGAUAUUUAGAGUUGAUUUGCUAGAGAAACAGAAAAAAGAGGCUGAAGAACAAGAGGCCUUAGAAAAGGCUGAUGAUGAAUUAAGACUGAGUGAUACUGACCCUAAUGCUGCAGAACCAGUUUCCAAGAGUGAUAGUGCAGAUGAAAAACCUGACAUCAAUGAUGUACCCAUGGAAGAAAAUCAGGCCUGGUCUCUUGAUGGUUACUUUGAUUCAAAAGCCGGUCUCUCCAGAGAUGGGCGGUUUAAAAGAGUGCAAUCAAGUAGUGUUGGUACAUUGCGGAAUCCCUUCUGA